ACUCUGGGGCACUUGGAGAAGGCCGUGGUUCUCGAGCUCACCUUGAAGCACGUGAAAGCGCUAACCAACCUCAUCGAGCAGCAGCAGCAGAAAAUAAUUGCUUUGCAGAAUGGUUUACAAGCGGGGGAGUAUGCGGGUGACCUGUCAUCAAGAAACCUUGAUUCCAGCCAGGAAAUGUUUCGAUCCGGUUUCCAGAUGUGUGCCAAGGAAAUGCUGCAAUACCUGGCAAAGCACGAGAACGGCAAGGACCUCAAGUCGUCGCAGCUGGUCAGCCAUCUGCACCGAAUGGCCUCCGAGGUGCUCCAGGGCGGAGCCGGCCGCAAGCCCGGGGACCUCCCUCCUCAAAUGGUGGACUUGAAAGAAAAACCCGUCUCCUUGACCAACGCGGCGGAGGGGCACGGGAAAAACUGCGUGCCUGUGAUCCAGAGGACAUUCGCUCACUCCAGCGGGGAGCAGAGCGGCAGCGACACGGACACGGACAGCGGGUACGGGGGAGAGCUGGAGAAAAGUGACUCCAAAUCCGAACAGCAGUAUUUCAAAAAGGAUACCGAACUCAAGUACGCUGUCCAGGAGAGAAUAAGCUCUAUUAAGCAAGAGACUGAGGACCCGCCGGCCAAAAGGAGCAGGCUGGAGUCGCCGGAGGACGAGGGCCCGUUUGGCAGCGACGUGAUGGGCUCUUCCAGCGUGUACCCCAGCCUGCCAGCCUCUGCCGCAGCACUUACGGGGUUCAUGAACCCCGACAAAAUCUCCCCGCCUCUGCUGAUGCCCCAGAGACUCCCUUCUCCCAUACCGGCCCAUUCCCCUAUCGACUCCUCGGCUCUGCUUCAAGCUUUGAAGCAGAUUCCUCCUUUGAACUUGGAAACCAAAGACUAA